AUGGCCACAACGCCCUUCGCUCCACCCUCCCGCCGCGGCGACUUCCUCUUCUCCUCGGUCCUCUACGCCGACCCCGGAAACUCCAAUCACCACGCCCGCGCCAGCGUCGCCGAGCUCGCCGCGCUCUUGCGCCCCGAAGCCCCCAAUCUGUACAACAAAGGUCAAAAGCCUGGUGUUGCGACACCAGCAAAGGAUCCGGCCUGGCACUUUUAUAGCGCGCAGUUGAUUCACUAUGGACUUCCGGUUACCAAGGAGAAGAAUACGGCAAAAGUUCGGCUGCUGAAUGCGUUGAAUCAAUUCAAGCUGGAGGUGCCGGCGUGGGUGUUGAAGGUGGAGAGCGACCUGAAGAAGGAGUGGGAGGCGGAGUGUAGGAGAGUAAAGAAGGCUGGUGUUGGUGCUGGUGCGGGCAUGGGGGUGAAGGGUAUGGGAGCGAAGACGAGUAAAGUGAAGACGCAGGCUGGUGAGAGUAGUGGUGGAGGUAGUUUCUCAACAAGCAACGGCGUUAACGUUACUGUCAACCUCAAUCUUUCAUCCAGUCUGGGUGUUUCUGCGGAUAGCUUUGCGAAGAAGCCAUCGCCGGCGAAGCGUAAGCGUGGUGAUGGGGAUGAUGGGGGCUCAAAUGAUACGCCAAAGAAGGCGGCGAGGGUGAUCAAGGCGCCAGCAUCAAAGAAGGCAGCGAUGACCAAGGAACCAGCAGCUAAGAAAGAGCCCGCAGUCAAAAAGGCACCAGCCUCGAUGAUAUCGUAG